AUGGUGACACCGACAUCGAUGAAUUUCGAUACUACUGGCACGUUGACCUAUUCUCUUGGAGGAAAUGCCACACAUGAUCAAGAUCCAAAUGAGGCACACGAAAAGAAACUAAGAAUGAUUAUCUAUGUGUUGGACGGGUAUGUGACGUUUAUUUUUAUUACGCUGGGAGUCAGUCUCAACAGUUUGAGUAUGAUGGUUUUCAAUCAAAUGAAUCGUGGCAAAUCAUCGAUUGCACAGUACUACCUGAUCGUAAGAACUGCUUUUCAGAGUGAAAUUUAUUGGACUGUUUAUCACAUAUAUAUGGUGAUGGUGUUCGUUACCGUAACACCAUCGAUAAUCAUUCUGACGCUAACAUUUCGAAUCACAUGCUUUUUACGUACGGCUCGCCGUGAACGCCAGAACCUCCGCGGCAGCGAGCAAAGUGAACGUAAAACACUGAGUAGCUCUUCCAAAGAAGAACGUGAACCAAACAUAAUGAUCAUAAUGAUUGCUGCUAAAUUCGCAUUAUCUGAUCCGCUACCAAUGAUCGAGAGUCUCAUAGGUGCGGUUGCACCCGAAGAAUCACCAGCCAUGUUGGCCUUAUUCGCAAGUGUUGGUAAUCUUUUAGUGAUAUUCUGCAAUUCCGUGAAUUUUUUCCUAUUCUACGCAUCCGGUCAUCGAUUCCGGACUGAAUGUAGGAAGAUGUUUUGUAUCGAAGAGCCCAAAACGCCAAGCUGGUUUGAGAGCGACGAAUCAUGGUCAGUUUAA